AUGGGCUACGACAGAAUUAACUUGCAGCCCACGUUUAAGCCGAUCGACAAUCUUUUCCUUGAUCGGCUUAGACAAUUCAUCGAUGACGGUCACUACAGAGACUUCAACUUGCCCAAAUUCUAUGACAAAGAUCGUGUAGACUCCAAUAGUGAUGCCAUUGACAUUCAGGUAUGGAAAGUGCCGGAUAAAGAUGGCAAAACCGACCGUCCGCUUUUCAAGGAUAUUGAUUUUGAUGCAAUUGAGUGGAAGGCUGCGCGUAAGGGUGAUUCGUUUGGACCCUCAUGGAAAUCUUUUUGGUUUAAGAUUGAAUGGGUCAUUCCUGAAAAAUGGUUGGCUUUAGACCAGGAUAUCCAUUUCAACUGGGAUUGUGGUAACGAGGGCUUGAUUUAUGACUCGAAGGGUAUGCCUUUGCAGGCAUUUACUGGCGGGGACCGCACGGUUUUCAGAAUUCCCAAGAAGUUCAGAAAGGGAGGAAAGCAGCUCUUUUACUUGGAAAUUGCCUGCAACAGUAUUUUUGGAAAUGGCUCUGGCGGUCACCCGGACCCAAACCGUUACUUCCGCUUGGACCGCUGUGAUUUGAUUUUGCGUGACCUUGAAGCUCACAAAUUGUACUUUGAUUUCUUGAUCAUUAGUGAUGCAGCCAGAGAGUUGGGUGGAGGGGCCCAGAAGUACCAAGCCGCGUCCCUUGCCACAACUAUCAUGGAUACUUUUGAUCCCAAUGACCGUGACUCGAUCUUGGAAUGUAGAAAACUUGCUAAAAAGUAUUUGGGUGACGACUUCGAUUCCGAUGCCGUGUUUCACAAGAAUCCGUUGAACAUCAUCGAUGUCUACAGCAUUGGAAACUGUCAUAUUGAUACAGCGUGGCUCUGGCCGUUUGCAGAAACUAGAAGAAAAAUCGUUCGUUCGUGGACCACCCAGUUGAAAAUCACAGAUGAAUACCCUGAAUAUGUGUUUGUUGCCUCACAAAUGCAACAAUUCAAGUGGUUGAAGGAAGAUCAUCCUGAAAUUUUAGCCAAGAUUAAGGAGAAGUUCACCACGAACCAGUUCUUGCCAAUUGGUGGUACGUGGGUCGAGAACGAUACUAACUUGCCAGGCGGAGAGUCUCUUAUCAGACAAUUUCUCUUGGGUCAGAGAUUUCUUCUUGACGAGUUUGGUGCUGCAGCCACCAUCUUCUGGUUGCCGGAUACAUUUGGGUACUCUUCUCAGAUCCCCCAAAUCUGUCAGGUUGUAGGAAUUGAAAAGUUCUUGACUCAGAAACUUUCCUGGAACAACAUCAACAGAGUGCCGCUUUCCACCUUCAAUUGGAAGGCUAUUGAUGGCUCGCAGGUGUUGGUUCACAUGCCUCCAAAUGAUACUUACACUGCCAUGGCCAAUUUUGGUGAUGUGGUGAGAUCUCAGAAUCAGCACAAGAAUUUGAGAGAUGUACCUACUGGUCUCUUGGUAUAUGGCUACGGAGACGGAGGAGGAGGCCCUACUGAGGAUAUGUUGGAAAAGUUGAGAAGAUGCAGAGGUAUGGCAAACACCGUUGGGGCCAUUCCCUCCGUUCAUGUGGGCAACACCGUUGAGGAGUUCUACGAUGACAUUUUGGAGCGUUCUGACAACGGAAAAUCGUUGCCUACUUGGACUGGUGAAUUGUACUUGGAGUUUCACAGAGGUACUUACACUACUCAAGCCGACAUUAAGAAGUGGAUGAGAUUCUCCGAGGUGAAAAUGCAUGACUUGGAACUACUUGCAACCCUUCUUUCUGUGACCACCUCCUACAAGUACCCUACCAAGGAAAUCCACGAUCUUUGGGAAAACAUUGCUCUUUGUCAAUUUCACGAUGUUUUACCUGGCUCUUCUAUCGGUAUGGUGUAUUACGAGGAGGCAAAGCCCAUGUUGCUUCAUGUGAUGAAGACCUUGGAUAAGUUGAUUGAUGAGGCAUUGAAAGAGAUUGAUGGAAAGAAGGAGAAGGCAGUGGCAGGAGUCAACACCUUGCCAUGGCACAGAAUUGAGUUGCUCGAUGUUCCUACGAGUGAGGUUGAGGCAAUGAGCUUGGACUCCAAUGUUGUGCGGUCCGUCUCUGGAGAUGUCACAUCGUUUGGUUUCAACACUGAGACCAACAACUUUGUGCGCAAGGGUGAUCUCAAGUACCCAGCGAAGAUUGAGAAAGUCAAAGAUGACACCUACGUCUUGUCUAAUGACCUUCUCAAGGCAAAGAUCACAUCCAGUGGUAUUAUUACUUCGUUGGUUGAUUUGACCACUGGACGUGAGAUCAUUGACACUACCGUCACCAAACAAUCAACAGGUGGAGGUAACCAGUACGUUGUUUUUGUGGAUACUCCAAAUGGCAACGACGCAUGGGACACAGAGCUCUACUCUUUCCAGAAAUACAAGUACCUCGAAGGUGGAGAGGUGAUUUCUGUUACAAGCAAUCCAUUAGAGUCAAAGUUGGUUGUGAAGCACGAUAUUUCUUCACUGUCAAGUAUUCUGACCACCAUUUCGCUUGCAGGUAUCACUACUGACUCGAGCAUCACCCAAAAUAACUACGUAAAGUUUUCAUGUCACGUUGACUGGCACGAAAAUGCCAAAUUCUUGAAGGUCCAGUUCCCAACUACCAUCACUACUCCUCCAUCAGCGCUGUACGAAACUCAGUUCGGUAUCACCCAGAGACCAACUCACUGGAAUACCACAUGGGAUGUGGCCAAGUUUGAAGUUGCCCACCAUAAAUUCAUGGACUUGUCAGAGUACAACUACGGUGUGUCUGUGUUCAACAAUUGCAAAUAUGGAGCCUCAAUCCACGGAAACUUAUUGCGUUUGUCGUUGCUCCGUGCACCUAAGGCACCAGAUGACCAAGCUGACAUGGGCACUCAUGACUUUGAGUAUGCUUUGUAUCCUCACAGUGGCACGUUGGGACCAAACACAGUCAAGUUGGCCCACAACUUCAACUAUAGGCUUUUGCAGACUGUGGGAUCUAGCAAGGCUGUACGUUCCUUGGUGGACUCCAUCACUUUGACAGGAGACAACUCGUUGAUUUUGUCGAACGUAAAGAGAGGUGAAGACGACGAGGAUGUCAACAUCUACAAGAAUAUCCCUGUCCAAAACAAGGGCCAGAAGUCCGCUGUUCUUCGAGUUUACGAGUCCUUGGGAGGACUGUCCAGAGGAGAGAUCAAGUUCAGCGGAUUGAAGGUAGAUAAGGUCUUUAGGACCAAUGCCUUGGAGCAAAUUGAAGAGGAGAUUGAGUUGCUGGACGACUCUGUUAAAAUUUCCUUACGUGGAUUUGAGAUUGCCACGUUCAAAGUUUUGUUUAAAUAA